AUGGGAAAUACGACUAAUUGUUGCGAAAAGAAUACUGAGAUACCUGAUAAUGUUAAUUAAGGAGACUUCGCAGAUUCUGGCAAAAGACCUCGUGAGAGGAAUAAAAUUUAGAAUGGAGGAGAUGCAAACGGAAUUUUAAAUACAGAGGAUUUAACUUCAUCUCAAAGACAAAAGUACAAAGGAUCGGUAGUUGUCCUGGACAAAAAUCAAGGUAGCGGCAAAAGAUAAGAGGGAUUAAUUGAAAAAUUGUCCAGUAGAGAGUAGAAAAUUAAUUCAAAAAGUUAGAUUGAUAAUCAGAAAAACAGUUAGAGAAGUGAAGUCGAUGAUUAGAAUUAACAGCCUAGAAUACCUAGAAAACAAUUACUAUAACAGUUUAACCCAAAUGUGGUUGACAUUGUAGAGUGUAGUCAUAGAGUAGAUUAAAGAAAAGAGGGCCAUAAUUAAUUUCAAGAGGAAAAAAAGAAUAUGAUGGUGGGAAUCAUGGAAUAAAAACUUCUAUCCUAAUAUAUGGAGUAAGUUGAAAAAUCCAGGCUUAACAUUGUAAUCAAUCCGAGGAUGCUAGUUUCUGAACGAAGAAAUCCAAUAGAAAUCAACUAUGAGAUUCUUGAAUUCAUCGGACAAGGUGGCUUUGGUGAAGUUAAAAAAGUAAGGCACAAGGAACUAGACGUUAUAAGAGCACUCAAGAUUAUUAAAAAAUCUAGAUACAAAUCAAAUGCCGAGUUAAAAAUGAUAAAAAACGAGAUCGCUAUUAUGAAGCUUGUGGACCAUCCUAACAUUGUGAAGCUAUUCGAAUUCUUUGAGGAUGAUGAGAACUUCUUUAUCAUUACAGAAUUUUGUUCAGGAGGACAAUUAUUCGAAAUGAUUAGACAGAAAAAAACUUUCACUGAAAAUGAAGCAGCUUAGAUAAUGAUGCAAUUACUUUCUGCGAUUGCACAUUGCCAUUAGAGGAAGGUAGUUCAUAGAGAUGUUAAGCCAGAGAAUCUUUUGGUGGAUAUAUCAGGCAAUGAUAAAGAUCAAUAUGCUGUUAAAAUAAUUGACUUUGGCAUUUCUACUGUAUUUGAUCUUGAUUAAAAACUGACCCUUAGCAUUGGAACACCCUACUAUGUAGCACCUGAAGUCAUUUAAAAAUAAUAUAAUGAAAAGUGUGAUGUAUGGAGCUGUGGUGUUAUUUUAUAUAUUCUCUUGUGUGGCUAUCCACCCUUUGCUGCCAGGAAUUAGAAUGAAAUAUAUUAAAAGAUCGUAAAAGCAUAAGAGUGGACUUCUGUUAGUAAAUUAGCUAAGGAUUUCAUUAAGAAACUCCUUUAAAAGCAUGCAUCCAAUAGAAUAUCAGCUGCAGAUGCUUUAAAUGAUCCAUGGAUUAAACAGUAUACUGAAAGAUCCAGGAUAUAAAAGCCAAUAUGUGUAAACGCAUUGAAUCAACUUAAAAAUUUCACAUGCGAAAGAAAACUUGAAUAAGCUGUAAUAGCUUAUAUUACGAAUAGUAUGAUGUCUAAGUAAAAUGAGUAAAAACUCUUGGCAACUUUUAAGUAGUUUGACAAGAACAAUGAUGGAAUUCUCACCGUAGAUGAGCUAAGGGAAGGAUUUCGUGAAUUUAUGGGAGAACAGAUCGUCUUUGAAGAUGAGUUACAAAAGAUUAUUAAAAACGUAGAUUUCAAUCAAAAUGGAUAAAUAGAAUAUUCUGAAUUCGUUUCAGCUGCUUCUAACCUACAUAACCUCCUGACGGAGAAGAACCUUAAGUAAGCCUUUGACCUCUUCGAUCUUGACAUGAACGGUGAAAUUACUCCCAGGGAACUUAAGCACAUCCUUGGAAAUAAAGACUCAGAGCUUAAGGAUGAAGAAUGGGAGAAACUUAUCUGUGACUUUGACAAAAAUGAUGAUGGAAUGAUCAAUUUCGAUGAGUUCAAGCAAAUGAUGUUCUAACUUCAUAUCAACAAUCUUAAGAAACAUCAGGAGAAUGAAAAGAAAAAUGGAGCUAGAGAGUAAGGGGAGGAGAGAAACAUUAUGCAGGAUCCUACAAAUGUCAUAGUUGCAGAAUAAUGA